CCGGUGUCCGUGUGCGCGCAGGCUCAGUUCGCUCGUCUCCGCUCUUUUAUUUACUCUCUCUCAUCUAAGAUGGCUGUUCGGAGCUCUUGAGUCCCCCGAGCGUAGCGACCGAGGAUGCUUGCGCCUCCAAAAUCAACUUUCACCCGGCCAUCCCUUCCCAUGCGCACCCCGUAAGGUGCGGAGGGGACUCUAGCAUCAGUACUGCCUCCGAACGCCCCGUCCAUCCGGCUUGAAGCUCUUUAAAUCAAGUUGUUUGGCGAAGUCAAGCCUCGCCACUGAGUGUGAGUGAGUGAGUGAGUGAGUGACUGAGUGUCCAAGAACACUGAACAUCCAAAUGGCCGAACCGAGAAAAGUGCAGUUUGUCACCCUGUCGGCCCUGGCCGGCGGUCCGGGCGCGGAGGGCAGGAGACGGCGGCUGGAGGAGGACGGAGCCGCCGAGAUGAGUUUUGACAGAGAGGGCAGGAUGAAGAUGAUGGGGACCGGGGUGACGACAGCGGGUGACCGCGGGGCUUUGAUCGGGAAGAGGGACAGCGAAGAACCCAAAGGGAAGACAGUACGCCUCAACCUGUGUCUGUCCGAGCCUAACGAGCAACGCUCGGCCGAGUUCAACUACAGCGAGCUCAUCCAGUCUCAACAGGCCAAGAAGAAUCCACCAGAUUCUAAGUCUUCUCUGGACCCGAACGAUCCCUUUAACGAUGCUGGGAGAGAACGUCUGGAGGUCGAGGCACUGGCCAAAAAGCUUGAAAGCAAAUACGGUAACGCAGGGAAAAAGAGGCGGAAAGACCGGAUGCAGGAUUUGAUUGACAUUGGCUUCGGCUACGAUGAGAGUGACCCCUUCAUAGACAACUCGGAAGCUUAUGAUGAGCUUGUUCCAGCCUCACUGACCACCAAGCUUGGUGGAUUCUACAUUAAUAUGGGUACUUUGCAGUUCAGAGCUGCCUCUGAAUCUGAGGGAGAGGAUGGAGGCAAAGAAGUCAAAUCCAGGAUGAGAGAUGGAGAGGAACCACUAAUAAAAAGAAGGAAGAAGAAAGAUGGAACCAGUAUAGAGGAGAAAAAACCCAGGAAGAACAAAGUAGCCAAACAAGGAGUGGCUGGUCUGAGCCUUCAUCGUCCUGAGAAGAAGAAGAGGAAGAAACUGAUGAAGGAUUCGCUCUGUCUGGCUGCAAUGCUCCACCGCUUCACACAAGAGAAGGAAGACAUGCGGAAACGAGAUGUCAGUGCUUCUCAUCCGGGCCCUGGUCUCACCAGCCCUCCCAACUCCAACAACCUAAUGCAGAACUCCCAUCUCCAAGGCAACGCCAACAACAAUGACCUUUCACUAGCCGACCUGACGGCUGACCCCGGCAUGAUGUCAUUGCUUAGUUCGGCCAAUGAAAGCGAGCUUCAGGAUCUCAUGUGUGACCUGGACUUUAGUUUUUUAGAUGCAGGGCCCCAGAUGCCCCCUUCAGGCAGAGAGAAUGGGCAGGUUGCGUUGGGUUCAUCAAUGGGGCACAAGAUUGGAGGAGGGGGACUGAAUCGAGGGCAGGGCGGGCUCAUCUCUUUUCCACCUCUCCCCGAUGGUCUUCCAGCCCCCUUGAUCAAGCGCAUAGAAGACCUUCGAGCUGCAUCGAGGCAAUUUGAUCAAGCAGGCAGAAAGAAAUUCUUCACUCUGGAUAUGAAUAAUAUCUUGCUGGAUAUUGAGCUGCAGGUUCAGGAGCAGCCGGCAGGCAUGCGUUCAGAGGUGUACUCUCACCUGGAGGCCUUUGUGCCCUGCAACAAGGAGGCGCUACUAAAACGACUCAAAAAACUCAGCCUCAACAUACAGGAUGACCGGCUGCGCACACCCUUGUUAAAGCUCAAACUAGCCGUGUGCAGCGUGAUGCCAGAGCAGAUCGCCAGAUAUAACAUGGAUUGCAUGGCAAAAGCUGCAGCUAAGCAGCAGAUAGAAGAUGGAGAGAAGAAUGGAUCGGAGGAUGAUGAUGAAGAGAAACCAGGAAAGAGGGUGAUCGGACCAAGGAAGAAGUUCAUAUGGGAUGACAAACUCAGGACUCUGUUGUGUAACCUGGUGCGUGUGAAGCUGAGCUGUUAUGAGCUGGAGCAGUGCUCUCUGUCUGUGGAGGACUAUCUCAAAGCCUUCAUGGAGAAUGAAGUCAAGCACCUCUGGCCCAAAGGCUGGAUGCAGACAAGGAUGCUUUUUAAGGAAAGUCGGGCAGUACAUGGUCACCUCACUGGCCUGGGCAAGAAAAGGAUUGUUCCAACUCCAAAAGCUGCCAAAAUGACGGAUGUCAGCUGGACACAGAGACCCGCUCCAGGUGUUGGAUCCACCUCUGCCUUACCUGCCCCAGCGUGCAGACCGCCCUCCUCCCCCUCUGAACCCAUCUGCCUCUCAGAUUCACUGGACGAGGAUCUGGCUGCUAACUCUCUGGACUCCAUUUCCCAAGCUCUCGCUCUCCUCAGUAAUGCUGCCAAGGGUCUGACGCCAAACAAUGGCGUUCCUGCCGCCUUUUCUCCCAGUGUCCCCGGAUCCUCUUCUGGAGUCAGCCACUAUUCUUCUCCUCUGUCACAUUCCACCCUUCCAGCAAAAAUGGUGUCUUCUGGAAUCUCUAUGGCAAAUAUGAGCACUCUAUCUACCUCUUCUUCCCUCUCCUCUCCGCUCACCUCGUCUCCUUCCUCAUCCAUGCGAGCCGAGACCUUCGGGAUGCUAAAGGAUGGGGGGCCUGUGCAGAGACCCAUGGGAACGCCCACUCACAGAGCUGGUAUUUCAGGAAUGAAGACGGUGCAGUCUGCAAAACCCCGUCCGCCCCCUACCGCCUCGCCCCUCUUGCCUCCACAGCAGAGGUCAUUUGGGACAAUGGGAGUGAAGUUGGUUCAGACUCUGCCCCCUGUUGGACAAACAAAAAACUGCGCUAACAAAUCCACUACUGGUGGCGGUACUGUGGUUUCCCAGCAGCCUCGUAUGAACACUCAACCCUCACUGAUGAACCCCAAGAGCCCUCAGCAAUCUCCUCCUCCAACCCCUUCCUCUCCUUCCACCCUUCUCUCACAGGCUAAGACUCCCUCAUUGCCACACAACCAGUCAAACUUCAUCACGCCCAUGCAGGCUACGCUCACCAAGUCUUCCCACAGUAGCAGCUCUCCCAUCAUCAAACUCACACCGCGACCCCCUGCCCCUACUCCUCCUCCUUCAUCCUCACCUUCGCCUUCAUCAUGUCCCUCUCUCACCCACCCCAGGCCUCAAAUGAUCCCCAGCUCGCACCAAUACAGCCCCAAGAUUCCAACCUUCAGGCCGCCGUUUACCGGGCAAGGAACUGCAGUGGGAUCCGGAGUCAAAUCCGGAGCAGGACAGGCCAGUUACAGUUUUGCAGGUGGACACAAAUCCAGUAGUCCGCCCAGUGUUGGCGCAAACACCACCAGUACCGCCCCGAUGGCCACACCCCUGUCUUCUGGGUGCCAGGAUGGUAGCCCCUCCCCUUCAGCAGUAUCAGCCAAUCACAGCCAGCGGCAAAGGCCAGUGGGAGGGACUAGUCAGAGUGCCAAGUCUUCAGCGAGUCGGGCAUCAGCCAUGACCCUGCCCUCUCCUCCUGUCUCCUCUCAUCUGUCACAGGUGAGUCCAGCAUUCAUUCAGCAAUCAGGUGUCUACAUUUUUUUUUUUCAACAUGUCGGGGGUCUAGUGCCUGUUUCUCUGCCCUUCCAGUUCCCCUCAUUCCUCAACUUUAACCCUCCAGGCCCUGGAGUUCCUGGCUGCAGCAACAUGGGAGCUUCACCUGCCACCAACUCAGGAUACACCCUGGCACAGAAUCUGUUUAAGAGUCUUCAGCCAGGGUCUCAGGUUGCUCUACCUCCCCACUUGCAGCUUGCUUUCUCAGAUGCAAACCAAAGUCAGGGGGGAGACACGAAGAGGAAGUCCCACUGACGGUCACAACCGGAAUGUACAAGUGGACACCGCUGGCGACAGAUGUUUUCGGGUUCUCGUGGAUGGACACCGAUUGCGCUUUCAUUCAGACAGAACUUCAUUAACGACCCUUCUUCAGUUAACAUCAUUCUGCUUUUAAUCGAUCAGUGUUCUGGAUGAUUGGAGUGAGCUUGGUGCAUUUAAAAAAAUUUUUUUUUUUUGUCAACAUGUUUACACGACCUUAAUCACUGUGGACAUAGAGCUAGAGGAAGUGAGAGGAGUACGAAACAAAGCAACAUCAUUUCUAUUUAAGUUCAUGUCGGCUGGAAACGUGCAUUCCUGUGUUUAUUUUCUUAGUAGAUUUUUGUUGAACUCCUAAAGGGAUGUGACAGUCCAACCGUUUCCUUCUACAGACUGUUAGAAUAGUAGCUGUUAAUAAUACAUAUGGGUAAAUUAUUUAUAAUUUUUUGACAGGGACAUAUUAUGAUGUUUAAGUAUAUUAGUAGAAUAAAAUGGGUAUGUAUAUAAAAUACACAUUAAUAUGAAGUGCUAUAUUUUCUUUGGAGGUCAGGACGUGUGAUGUUCCUCUCAUCUGUGCGUGCAGAUGUCUUGCUGUCUUUGGUGCUGCGUAUCUCACUGGACCUUGUGAAAGAAAA